UAGUGAAAGUCAGUGUGUGGAUGGAACCGAUCACUCUUAUUCAGCAGUUAAGCAUUGUGUGUUUACUGCCCUCUGGUCUCCAGGAGCAUCGCGAGAUCGGUCUCCUGGUAACGGAACACCGCCUGCGUUCAUGGAGAGGUUUGAGCGACAGAAGACCAAGCUCAUAACCAACCAGACAUUUGACGAGACACUGGAUGUUAACGAUUCGGAAGAGGUUGCCAGUUUGUACACACCAACUCCACGAGAAUCAGUCCUCAGGAACAGGAGCAGACAGCAACUGAAUACCAUGGCCAACAACAGCAGUGAUGAAUAUGAAGAAGAUACCAAGAAAAAGAAAGAACCACCUGGCAGUCCAAGAAGAGCUAGUGAAAAUAAUGAGGAAGAGGAGGAGGAAGAAGAAGAUGAUGAUGAUGAUGACGACUGUGAUGAAACUGACUCUGAUGAAGAGCAAGGAGAGCCAGGUUCAGCUCCUGAAGGAGCAUAUGACCCGGCAGACUAUGACCAUCUACGCGUUACAGCAGAAAUAAAAGAACUUUUCCAGUACAUUACACGAUACACUCCACAGACUAUAGAAUUGGACCAUAAGCUGAGACCAUUCAUUCCUGACUUCAUCCCAGCUGUAGGGGACAUUGAUGCUUUCCUUAAAGUUCCUCGGCCUGAUGGAAAAGCAGACGGUCUGGGACUGCUGGUUUUGGAUGAACCCUGCGCCAAACAGUCUGAUCCUACAGUGCUCUCCCUGUGGCUCUCGGAGAACAGUAAACAACACAACGUUGCUGAGGUGAAAGUGAAGAGUAUUGAGAACCCACAGAAAAACCCCAAAGCCAUCGAUAACUGGAUAGAAAGCAUAAGUGAACUUCACCGCUCCAAACCACCAGCUACCGUACACUACACCAGAUCCAUGCCAGACAUUGAUACCUUGAUGCAGGAGUGGCCACCUGAGUUUGAAGAGCUUUUGGGCAAGGUAAACCUUCCUACAGCAGAUAUUAACUGUGACUUGGCAGAAUACAUCGACAUAAUAUGUGGUAUCCUGGACAUUCCAGUGUAUAAGAGUCGAAUCCAGUCUCUCCAUGUCCUAUUUACACUCUAUUCUGAAUUCAAGAACUCCCAGCACUUUAAGGCGUUAGCAGAGGGCCACAAGUCCACCACUUCGUCUGCUCCACGCACCGGUACAGCAGAAGCAGAGACUCUGACAUUAGAGUGAUCUUCCUCCCCAACCACAAAGACAUUGUGAAACUGCUCAUAACUCCUUAAAGGCCAGACGAUCACUACCAUGCAUAAAUGGACGGUAAUACAGAUUUUCUGUACCAGCUCACAGCAUAACACUACAAAGAAUUAUUUGAGUGAUGCCAUAUAAUCACUUUUACAGGUUUAAAGAAGUGGUUGUAAUCUUUUUUUUCACCCAAAUUAAAGGUUCUUUACACUCUCUUCUCUUUUAUAAAAAAUGGUUCUUAUGAAACCAAACAUUUCUUUCUAUAGCUUUGCCCAAAUAAUCAGGUGAAGCAUAUUUAUUUAUAAUAGUGUACUUUGAUUUUAGAGCAGUGUUGUGGUUUUAUUAAUUCAGAUAAUGUUAUACACUUAGCUUUAAUUGUGUUUGUUUUUUUUUAUUGUGCUUGUUUUUGUAAGAUAUCCCACACACCUGCUUUCUUCUCCAUUACUGGAGUGAAGGCAUGUUCAGCCAGGCUGUUCUCUGACACUGUGCUAAAAAUUAAGAUGUUUCUUCAUCCUGUUACAUUUUCAAAUAAAGAUUUAUUUCUUCAGAA